GUUUCAAAGUAAAAAUCAAGAGCAACAACGAGAAAUUAAAAGAAAGCAAAACAUAUUUUUUAUAGAAUAAUUGUAAUUUAGUAAAUUUUAUAGUUUUUUGUGCUGUUCUGCUAGUUUAAAUUAAAACAAAAAUAUGGUAGAUCCUAAUCGUAAGAUUAAUCGUUUAACCGAUAAGGAUAUAGAAUUCUUAGAAGAAUGUGAACAAGAAUUUGGUUUACGUUACACCGAGGAGGAUGCCGAAUUUAUGGCACAUUGUAACAAACCUUUGGAUGAUCCUCCAAUUGUAGAGAAUUGGAAUAGUGGUGGAGGUGAUAGUGCCCGCAAUGAGGGUGGUGGUGGUGGUCGUCAUCAUAAUCGCGGAGGUCCACGUCAUCAUCAAAGAAACUGGCGAGGUAGUGGUGGCGGUGGUUAUGGUGGAGGACCCUACCACAAUAAUCGCAAUUUUAGACACAGAAGAGGAGGUCGUGGUGGUGGUCGUGAUCUUUAUGGUGAUCAUAAUGGCUCAGAAGUUCGUUACCAUUCGCAUAACCGACCCUCGUUUAAUCAACAACAUAACAGUAGUAGUGGAGGAGGUGGUGGUGGUAGUAGUAAUCGCCCGCCCAUGACCAUUAGAAGAGAUUAUAAUAAUUUUGUAGCCGCUUCUAAGGAUGAUUAGAUUUUAAGUUUACUUUUUUUAUUCAUAAAAAAACAGCAAUAAAAAAUUGUUAAAAAAGUGUUUUUAUUAUUUUUAAAGCCAU